AUGAACACCCCUGUAGUCCAACCAGACAACUCAUCUUCAGACUCCGAAGAGGGACGUCACAAGGAGAGCCCUCUACCAAUUGACGACGAAUCGCGUCAGACGUUUUAUUUGAUAUCAUUGUUAGCAAAGCACUGUUGUGUACGUUUUAUUGUGACACACCCACUACAGUCAACUCUCGCAGUCCCAAAAAUCCUCGAAAUAUAUAUCAACGACGAGACAAUCAAUUUCCGUAAAUUUAUCGCGUCACUCUACGAGACCGAGCCGUCACUUCAACAACUUCUUACAACAACUAAUAACUACAUUUUAGACUUACUCCCAACUUUUGGGUACUCAAUCACUAUUUCUACAUGCGGAGGAUUUGACCACAUCGAGUCGGUCGAGAAAGAUCAACUUCUUGUCGCGAGCGAUGUUGAAGUGAGAUCGGUGGGAGACGCGUUGAACAACAAAUUCUUAAACACAAAAGAUACAAUUGAGCUCUCUCCAUCAACACAGUGUUUGUAG